CGCGCGCAUCGUCACCACUUCACCCACGCUUCCUGUUCUACCUUCCGCUGCCCCAUACCCACGAAUCAUAUCCCAUAAGCGACACGAACGCAACCGGCGACGUUGCAAGAAACGUGUUCUCAACCACCCAGGCAACAGCGGCGCAGUCGCGGUACCUAUUUAGCUAGAGCUACCGCAUCCGCAGCACCACACGUACGAUACGAUACGACACGACUCGAGUUUCAUAGCAUUCCUACCGCCAUAUACCGCAUACAUACACGUAUCGAAACGCGAAUAAGGCGCGACAAACUUGUAUCUGCUACACGUCCUUCACGCCGAGUAUAAACAAGCCCCACCACAACAACCAAACAACAUGGCCGCCUUCUUCGAGAACCUCUGGGCCUCGGUCUUCACCCCCGGCCCCACCCCGACCCUCCUCCUCGCCACCAACGCAUCCUUCGCCGCGCUGCAGGUCCUCCUCCUCGCCCUCCUCCUCGCGACCUACAGCAUCCACUUCGUUAUUCUGUCCGGCCUGACUGCGGGGCUAUGGUGGGCGAUUAAUUGGUUCGCGGGCGAGUUGCGCGCUGCGCAAGAGAAGGAAGAAGCUGCGAAGCGGAUACGGGAUGCGCGGCGCGAGCGGGGAAAGGGGAAAGAGGGUCCCGGAAGUGAUGGUGGCGAGGCGAUGGAUAGUGGGGACGAUACGGAGGUGGAUGCAGAGGAGGAGAGGAAGAAGGGGAAGAAGAGCGGGAAGGUGAAGGGGGAGAAGCAGAGUGCCGGGCUUGCGGCGCCGGGAGGGCAGAGGAAGGAGAGCAGCCCCCCGCCGCAGUAUACGGAGGUCAGUGGAGGUGCGCCCGGGGCGGGGACGACGGGGGGUAAGGCGAGUUUGAGUCCGCUUGUAGAUCAGGCGGUGAAGAGGAGGAGUGUUGGGGAGAGCACGGGGGAGUUGAGCACGGAUAGUGAGUGGGAAAAGGUGUCGGAGGAUGGGUCGCGGGAGAGAUAGGGUGGGUUUGCAGAGGAAAGAUCUAGGGAAAGAACUUAGAUGCGUUGAAUUUGGUUUCGGAUACCGCUGUGCUGUCUUGAUGUAAGGAGCUUCGUAGAUCACAUACCCCCGAGUUUUGUUAGUAUUCAUCAAGUUGUUUACCAUGUGAAGGUUGUAUCGAGUUUUGAACAACUCAUCUACUCUUCGUGCUCUCAUGCCUACAGUUCGUAGUUCUACUCUAUACCAUAGCUAUACGACGAAGAAAUAGGAAAGCCGUACUGGAUCCAGCAAUU